UUGUUUACCCGUUAUUAUCAUCCUUAUCUUGGUUCUCUGAUUAAAAGUCAUCGAACUGUGUCAGUGCUGUGUAUUCAACACAUAUUCAGGAGAUGGCGCGGCAGCUGAGCACCUCUUUUUCUGACCUCCUUUUGUGUUUGGUGGCGUCCUUUGUUGCAUGGGAGUGGUACAAAGUGGACAAAAUCAAGGCAUCUGCCGGACUCUCCAUUCAGGCCACAGCCGCCUUCUUUGGAAUCUUCCGUUUUGCGAUGACGUAUCCCGAGGGAGGAAUUAUUUUUAAGUGUCACAAAUUUCUGUCAUGGUUAGCUGCAGGAGCUGGCGUACCACUGAUCGCCAUGGAAUUCUGUGCUAGGUACGGAUCAGCACUGCUAGCAAACAAAAUAGCUAUUUUCCUUUUAGCGGUGGUUGUUGUGGCUGCAUUUCUCCCACCAAAAACCAAAGAAGUGGCGACACAGGCAGCUAGUGGAUUCUCAAUGCUGGUGAUCUUAACGCUAAGCUUUGUAAACAAGAACUACUUUGGACUUGGAGCAGGGGUGACCUACGUUGCUGCAGGACUUAUUUUUGGUUCCGAUGGAUCCUUGCUGGGAUUUCCCAAUGUUGACUGGCUGCAUUAUGCUUUGAUUUUGGGAAAUUAUCUUUUCCUGAGGUCUUUUUAAAAUUGUCGUACUGAUCAGUAAAGUGAGAAAUGGUCCAAAUAUUUUGAAUUUUUUUGUUGUUAUGUAUAUUUUAUCUAAUUCAUGCUGCAAGAUGGGAAAGUGCAAUAAAUGUGGAUAGUACCUGUAUAUACUGGUACAUUGUAUUUAUACCUGUUUCAGGAGUUAUUUAAUUACAUAAAAUAUUUGUAAAACUGAAACACUAUAAUUCUUAACACAAGACCAAUUUUGCUAGUGUCAGAAUCUUAUUUUUUUAAUUGCUACAUUUUUUUCAUGUCAUUGAUUAUAAUCAUAAUGAAGUCUGUUAUGGUGCAUAUCAUGUAUUGAGAAGUAAAGUAAAAAUACAUGUAAUA